GUUUAUAAGAUCAUGGCAGAAGCUGAGGAGAUUCAACCACUUGUUGUCGAUAACGGAACCGGAAUGGUAAAAGCCGGUUUUGCUGGUGACGAUGCUCCAAGAUCAGUCUUCCCUAGCAUAAUAGGUCGUCCUAGACAUGCUGGUGUUAUGGUUGGAAUGGGACAGAAAGAUGCUUAUGUAGGUGACGAGGCUCAGUCUAAAAGAGGUAUACUUACCUUAAAGUAUCCCAUUGAACAUGGUAUAGUUAGUAAUUGGGAUGACAUGGAGAAGAUAUGGCAUCAUACUUUCUACAAUGAGCUUCGUGUUGCUCCUGAGGAACACCCUGUGCUUCUUACUGAAGCUCCUCUUAAUCCUAAAGCCAACAGAGAGAAGAUGACUCAGAUCAUGUUUGAGACUUUUGAUGUACCUGCUAUGUAUGUUGCUAUCCAAGCCGUGCUUUCGCUUUACGCCAGUGGCCGAACUACAGGUAUUGUAUUGGAUUCUGGUGAUGGAGUAAGUCACACGGUUCCUAUAUACGAAGGCUAUGCGCUUCCUCAUGCUAUUCUCAGGCUUGACUUAGCCGGACGAGACCUUACCGAUGCUUUGAUGAAGAUCUUGACAGAGAGAGGGUACACAUUCACCACAAGCGCUGAGAGAGAAAUCGUGAGAGACAUCAAGGAGAAGCUUGCUUAUGUAGCAUUGGAUUACGAGCAGGAGCUCGAGACAGCGAAAUCAAGCUCUGCGAUCGAGACUAGCUACGAGCUCCCUGAUGGUCAGGUGAUCACGAUCGGCGCAGAGCGUUUCCGGUGCCCGGAAGUCCUCUUUCAGCCGUCGUUUGUCGGAAUGGAAGCACCGGGGAUUCACGAGACCACUUAUAACUCUGUAAUGAAAUGUGACGUCGACAUAAGAAAGGACUUGUAUGGUAACAUUGUGCUAAGUGGUGGUUCAACCAUGUUUCCGGGAAUCGCCGACCGGAUGAGCAAAGAGAUCACGGCGUUGGCGCCGAGUAGCAUGAAGAUUAAGGUGGUUGCACCACCUGAGAGGAAGUACAGUGUUUGGAUUGGAGGUUCCAUCUUGGCUUCUCUUAGUACAUUUCAACAGAUGUGGAUAUCAAAAGCGGAAUAUGAGGAAUCAGGACCAGCCAUUGUUCAUAGGAAGUGCUUUUAG